GUACUGUGGAUCGCCGUGCAUUGCCACAGGCCCAUCCAGAGUAGAUAUCUCACUGCCCUGUGACUGUUCUCUUCCUUCUGUCAUCCGCUCGCUCGCCUUUGGCCUCAGGCUGCCAGCCGCCGCCCAGGAUGAGCGCCAACAUCACUGACACGCCUACGAUCGUCCCAGACGAUAGUGCUAAGCAGGUCCAUGCACUGACCGUUUCGACCGAAGCUUUGGCCAUCGUCCUCGGAGUUGUUGGCUGCGUUGGCGCCUUCUGUAUCCUCUUUGCAGUCAUGCACCGGUUGUCCCAGCGCGACUUCGAAGCAGGAGAUAUCGAUGUCCCUGACUUGGUUCCUCGACGACGCACUGGCGCAGGCGACGAUGCCGGGUCGCAGUCAGCUCAAUCUCGGGGCAUCGCGACAUCUAUACUCGCAACCUUUCCUACUUUCGUCUGGCGUGCGCCUCAAAGCACUGCACCCCGCGAGAUCGAGGAUCAAGUUGGAGACACAGAAGCAGUCGAGAUGAGCAAUGCCAUCGUCAAGACCGACGAUGACACAGGUAUUGCCGCUCGUCGAGCUGCUUCCGUUGACUUCAUGACAGCACGUCGCCACCCCUUGACCGCUCAUCGAGCUCGGAGCUUUCCUACGCCCCUGUGUACAUCUGGGGUUGGUCACGACGAGGGCAGCAAUCGUUCUAAUAGCUGUGGAGGUUCGCCUCAUCGCCUGAAGCGCAAAACGGCAGCUUCUCUCGAGUCUAUUCAGUCUACGCUCGCCUCUCAGACGACUUGCCCCAUCUGCACCGACGACUUUGGUGACGGCGAGAUCCUUCGUCAUCUACCCUGCACGGGGAACCAUCUUUAUCACGCGACCUGCAUUGAUGAAUGGCUCUCGCAGCAUCGCAGCUGCCCGCUCUGCCGACAGGACCUCCAGCCUGAGAACAAUGACGCCCAAGACGAGCUCGAUCAGCCUGCGGCCAGCACCAGUGCGUCUCAGCAGUCGGGUCUCAUCGCAACUCAAGCACAAGCAUCGACCCAGAGCAGCGACUUGGUCGGCGUCAGCGGGUCGCUGCAGCUACCCUCGCGCUCCACAGCUGGCAGUAGGCCUUCCACCUCGACCUCGUGGAGGCGUCUGAUCCUCAGCCAGAGGUUUGAGGAGUACCAAGCCCGCAAGAGAGCCCGGCGCCAGCAGCUGCUUGAGGCCAGGGACACAGGCAAUGGCAUUGAGCAGGUACCGAGCGCACUGACGACUGCGGCCGUCCCUCACGCCACGUACAUCGUCGAGUCUUCCGGACAGCGUGCCACAACAGACAGCAACACCUCUCAUCCAAACCGUCGUCUCCGCCUCCUACGACGUCUUCGAAACGAGUCACUGCCUAUUCGCCCGCGACGCCCUCUUACGGCCUUGGGCACAGACCAGAAUUCUCGUCACCCACGUCCCCGCCCCGGCACCUCCCCUUCCACUGCCAGCCGUGACUACGCGCCUCGCAUCCCCCUCUCCGAGUCAGGCUUUGGUGCCGUUGAUGAGUAUGGGGGAAUUCGGUUCAUGCCCUUCAUCUAGUCACGAUACGUGAGGGCGGUGGGAAGAGUGAAACGAGCGAGCAAUCAGCAUGCCCCUUCCCUGUGUU